CCUCACGUCCUCAUCGAAAAGUGGUGCUGCUGCCGAGUUUGGGCUGCUGUCCUCUGUGGGGAUUUUGUGGUGAAUUUCAAAGCCGUAAACAUGGUAUUCGAGAGGAAAAUGCUCACGUACGGCGACCCCGACGACGAGGAGGAAGAUGCGCCUGCUGAGGAGGAAGAGGAGGAGGAAGAAGAGGAAGACAUGGUGGACCCUAUAGAAACGAUACGAGCCAAAUGUGAGCAGACUGAACACUGUGUGCACUACAAGGAGCGUUUGGAAGCCUGCGAAGCCAGAGUCAGCUCCCGGUCCAACACUGAGGAGGACUGCACAGAAGAGCUCUUUGACUUCCUGCACGCUCGGGACCACUGUGUGGCACACAAGCUUUUCCACAAUGUGAAAUGAUGUGCCAGCCCAGUUCCCACUAUUUGCAGCUGUAGAAGCUAUUCAACUGCAAAAACUGUAAAAUAAUCAGGACAGUUCUGAAGUAUUUUGUUGUUCUCCUAUGUAUUAAUGUAAAAUAAUUUUCUGGGGUUCCUAGACUAAAAACAUAGCACUCUUUCUAUAGACAGUCAAUACUUGUAGACAAGGUCAGAAACAGUUUAUAAGUUAUGAAUCACUGCUUGUAUGGGUGAUGGGGCGCAUCCGUUUUAAAAGGUUGUGCAAAGAAGGGCUCUGACUAUCAUUCAUAAUGUGGUCACUUCAUAUGCAAAAGCCAAUGUGCUGCUCCAGUAAUGGAGGGUUUACCUCAGGUUUGGCCAGGGACUUAUCUUUUCUGACCAGAAAAUAAAGGUUUUCCUUUGGUUUCCA